AAUUGGCCUGGUCAUGAAUCGCGAUACUACAUUAUUGGCCAGAGAUAUAGAAGCAGAAGGCAAAAAUUUUGAUGUAUCAUCCUUGAAAAGGCCUAGGUAUGACCAGCAAUAUUCCAAUUGGGCAGAUAUUUCAUGGUAUGAUGGCAGAGAAGCUUCAAGGGCACUAACUGCAUGUAUGGAGCCAUGCCUACAGUCAGUAAUCCAAUCUGUUGAGACUAUUCCCCCUAAAAGUAACACACUGUCACCUGAUGAAAUUAAAAUAAUUGCACAGCUAGACACUAA